UCUCUCUCUCUCUCUCUCUCUCUUAUUUGCAUCCGAUCUGUUCUAGGGUUUAUCCCUUUGUGGGUGAUUCGUUCAAUGGAGAAAAACGAAGUUUCUUUUUCUAUGGAGAAAAACAAAGUAGGAGCUACAAGUUUCUAUCUAUGCCUGCAAAAGUAUAUACUUCUCGUAAUUCAAAACCCAUGUGUCCACAUGUGCAUGUUGCUUCCCAUUUUCUGACUUAGUCAUUCACUUGGUAACAAAAACCAAAGAGAUUUUCAUAAGAUUUUUGCAUGAUUUCUGCUCGUAGGAAAAAAAAAAUUAGGGUCACUCGGAUAAAAGAAGUGAGACCAUCAAUUUAUAUGGAUUGUUUUCUUAUACCACAAUUUCAUAGGAUUUUUAAGAAGAGAUUAAACCCCACCUAGUGAAAAAUAGUGGUUAGACCUCAUGGAAAUUUGUAUUUGUGCCUCCCACACAUCUUCUGUCACUUCAUAUUCGCCUACAGAAAUUAUUAGCAUCAAAUGAGUCAAGUAAAUUCCCAUAUUAUAGUUUCCCAUGGACCAAAGAGGUCAUAACAUCUCAACCAUACUUUUUUGCCUAUUCAUAAGUUUUUAGAAACCUGAGUUCCAAAGAUGCCCUUAUUAUUGAUCAAGUAGUGAAGGAAUUGCAGUUUUUGUGUCCCAAAGAACUAUUAUGAGCAUUCAUUCAUAAGAUAACCAAGAACAAAAGCUCAGCGUCUCUGAAAUUAGAAAGUAUGCACUGAUUUUGGGGCUUCAUUAGUAACUAUUUACUUCACUGAUGCUUCUGUCAACACAGAUCUCCACUAUAAUCUUAAGGGUGGACCUUGAUUGCCACCAGUGCUACAAAAAGAUCCGCAAGAUUCUUUGCAGCCUUCAAGAUCAAGAGAGGAUUAGGACGAUCUCCUUCGACACCAACAAUAACGCAGUCAUCAUCGACGGGCCGUUCGAUCCACACAAGCUAUCAUGCAGGAUCAGAUGCAAAGGAGGCAAGGUGAUCAAGGGCGUCCAAAUCAUGGGCGACGGCAAGCCGGAAGAGAUGGCCGGGCCACCGCCGAGCAACAGUCGCAAAAAGAAAUCAAAAUCAAAGGGGAAGGGGAAGGAGUCACCGCCGCCGCCCGCUGAGCAGCCACAAGCAUAUCAUCCUCAGCCGCCCACCGAGCAGCAGCCACAGGCAUACUACCCUCAGCCGCCCACUGAGCAGCCACCGGCAUACCACCAGCAGCCGCCCACUGAGCAGCCACCGGAAUACCACCCUCAGCAGCACACCGAGCAGCAACCGGCAUACCACCCUCAGCCGCCCGCUGAGCAGCCACAGGAAUACCACCACCCUCAGCAGCCCCCUCCGGACAGAGAGAUGUCAGCGACCAUGCAGGCGGUCAGGGAGGAGGAGAGGCCGAAAGAGAGACCGGCCGAGCUUGAGACGCCAAAGGAGAUGCAGGUCCACUUCGUGCCAGAAGCAGGGCCAGAGUGCCACAAGAACCCGAGGGAGAGGAGGCACCCGAUGGGAGAGAUGCCGUCGUGGAACGGGCCGCCGAUGGUGGAGAUCCCCUCGCUGCCGGCGCGACCUGUGGGCCCGUGCCGCUGCACGUGCUGCGCGUCAUGCUACCAGGGGUACUACGGAAGUUGCAGGUGCUCAGACUGCGGCAGGACGUACGGCUACACCGCCGCCGUGGCGCUGCCGCCGCCAGCCGGCUGCUACGGUGGCGCACGCGCGCCGUACUGCGGCGGAUACAGCGGCUACCGGGUUAUCUGCGAGGAGGAUCAAGCGGGUGCUUGCAUCAUAAUGUGAUCUGUUCACUGUUUCGUGUGCCACAACCAUUGUGCUGCUUAGGCAAAUUUGCAUGUGUUUUGCGUGUCUUGAUUACCAAUGAUUCGUGUAUGCAUCUGCUAUGCAUCUAUCAUUUUUGUAGGGGGGGCUUUGCAUGAAUCGUCGCCAA